AAAAUAUAGAUGACUACCGGUUUGUUAAAAUACUUAUUUUACUGUGUCAGUUGUUAAGCAGAGUCGCCAAAAAAACACGUUGGUUUCUUACAUUAUUUUAUACCAGUCAAUUAAAUGUCAUUGGUAGGAGAAGAAAUUUUCAUUUAUGAGCAUGGUCCGGUUUUUGUUCAUUUCCAUUUUAUCUCUUGUUUACCUCAUCUGUGAGGUUUCUGUUUCAACAUUACCGUGUCAUUUUCGAUGCCAAGAUGGUAACUACCUUUUUGAUGGCUCCUUUUGCGAUGGCAAUUCUGACUGUUCAAAUGGAGAUGAUGAAAGUUACGGAUGUGAUAGGGCAAAAUGUGGCAGUCGCAAAUUCAAGUGUACAGAUGGAACAUGUUUAAAUAUAAGGGUUCGCUGCGAUAAUAAAAAUGAUUGUACCGAUGGUUCUGAUGAACGAAACUGUGGUGACGAAAUCGAUACAGACGAAUGUCCAUCGCGCGAAGGUAGCUUUUUUUGUGACGAUGAAUCAAAAUGUAUCGACUUCAAACAUGUUUGCGAUGAUUCUUGUAACUGCGCGGAUUGUUCUGACGAACGGACUGGUUGUUCUAAAUAUGAUAACUAUAUAUGCGACAAGUGUUCUGACACUUGCCGCUCGACGACGCACGAAGCUCAUAAAUUUAGUACAGCUCCAUCGAAGGAAAUUAUUCUUUCACCUUGUAAAGGAUGUGAGUUUUCGCAUUCGUGUGAUCAAAAAUGCCUAUCAAUUGAACAGUCAAAAGAACGAUGCGUUUGCGACGAAAAUUACCAGUCAUAUCCAUUGAACAAUUACACUCUGGAAACGUCAUGUAAGAGCAAUGUAUCCUACGAAAAUGCGAUCCUUUAUUCGACUACAGACGAAAUUAAAUUGUACAACUUUACAUCUAAUACUACGAUUACCUUUCGAAGUAACGUUGACUGUACAGCUUUAGCCGCUGCUCACGAUUACAUAUAUUAUGCGACAUUUUCCAAUAAUAUUGGGUUCAUUUUCAAAACAUCGAUUAUUUCUAAUCAAACGAAAAUGAUUGUUGACUCUGACUAUCCAAUUUUAUCAAUGGAUGUUGACUGGAUUACGGGUAAUAUCUAUUUCACAACUGAAGAGUCGAUAUCAGUUUGUUCGAAUAAUGGUCAAACUUGCGCGAAGUUGAGAUCCUGCUCAAAUUGCCACCUCAAACUGGCCCCUAAAUUAGGCAGUUUGAUGUUCUGGAACGAAGAUACCACAUUAUAUCGCUCUGCCAUGGAUGGAUCAAAGGAAGAAAAUUUCAGUAGAGUUACAGAAAUGUUCGAACGGAUUAAUUUUUUUAAUUAUUCGCGGCUGCUAUUUGCGAUAGAUGAAGCAAAAGAAAGUGUGUUUUUGGCGCAUGAAUUGCCAUUUCCGUUGGUAACUUGGUCGAGAUUAUACUCAAACAUGCACACACAGUUUCUGAUACGAGGCAACUUCGAUGGAAAGGAGUUAGUCGAUUUUGAUGAAUUCGAAAAUGUCGUAUACUUCACUUUGGAAGACACCAAUGAAAUUUUUCACAGCGACAAUAUGAAGCAGUACACGAAUUCCCGAAGCAUACUUAUUGAUCAAAAUGCAACUGCUAUAAAAAUUAUAUAUGUUUACAAUCGUCUGUUACAGCGCACCAAGAUACCAAAUCCAUGCAAUGAAACAUCAUGUUCAUUAUGCCUGCUAAAGCCUUUUUCACCAUUCAUAGGUUUAAAUUGGGCUUGCGCAUGCGGCAAUCUCACUAAAUACGAUCAUAAGUUUAUUUGCGCAAGCAAUAUAGAUUCAGCAUCAAACACUAUUCCGGAUGCAACUGCAAAAAAGCGAGAAGUCUAUGAUGUUUAUAAUCCUCCUCCAUCGUGGAUUAGAAAAAAUUCUUCAUCGAAAACCGAAACAGUGUCUAUUGCAAGAUACCUUGUCAUGAUUGGUCUGACUCUGAUUGGUAUUGCAGCUGGUGCAGGAGUUCUCUUAUUUUAUCUGCGUUAUAAGAGAAAAAUAAUCGAGAACGAUGAUUGCAUUCGCGAGGCAUUGUAUGGGGAUGGUGAUUUGUGAAGUUUAUAAUAUUCCAAUUGAUCUAUAGAUUUCGGAUUGUAAUUUAUAGGAACAAAUUUGUAUUAUUUCGAAACACCUAUCUACAUGAAUUUGUCACUUGUGAGGGCCAAUUCCAAAUAUACAAUGCUUUUGAUAAAA